AUGGCGAUAGACCGGCGCCGCGAGGCGGGCGGCGGGGGCCGGCCGCUGCCGGAGGAGAACGGCUCGGUGCUGGGGGGCGCCGCCGCCCCCCCGGGGCCGCCCCCCGCCGGCGCCGCCGGGGCCGAGAUCCAGGCGGUGCCGCUGCCGCCGCCCGCCGCCGCCUGCAGCCCGCUGCUCCUCGACUACGACGGCUCGGUGCUGCCCUUCCUCGGCGGGCUGGGCGGCGGGUACCAGCGGACCCUGGUGCUGCUCACCUGGGUCCCGGCCCUCUUCAUCGGCUUCAGCAAGUUCUCGGACUCCUUCCUCCUGGACCAGCCCGACUUCUGGUGCCGGGAGGUGGACGGGCAGGGCAACUGGAGCGGGUCCCUGGCGCCGGGCCACGCCAACCGCAGCGGCAACGGCAGCAUCUUCCCCUCGCCCGGGCUGCCCACCCCCGUGGGGGGCAACGCCAGCGAGUGCGACUGCCACGAGUGGCACUACCGCAUCAGAGCCGGCCUGGUCCAAAACGUCGUGAGCAAGUGGGAUCUUGUUUGUGAUUCUUCUUGGAAAGUCCACAUUGCUAAAUUCUCCCUACUGGUAGGAUUAAUCUUUGGCCACUUAAUAACAGGAUGUAUAGCUGACUGGGUUGGUCGACGGCCGGUACUGCUCUUCUCUGUCAUAUUCAUUUUGAUAUUUGGACUGACUGUGGCACUCUCAGUGAACGUGACCAUGUUCAGCACACUCAGGUUUUUUGAGGGGUUUUGCCUUGCUGGAAUAGUCCUCUCCCUGUACGCACUGCGGAUAGAGCUCUGUCCUCCUGGGCACCGGUUCAUGAUCACCAUGGUGGCGAGUUUCAUCGAAAUGGCGGGACAGUUCCUCAUGCCAGGGCUGGCUGCGCUCUGCAGGGACUGGCAGGUCCUCCAGGCAGUCAUCAUCUGUCCUUUCCUGCUGAUGCUGCUUUACUGGGUUAUUUUCCCAGAGUCCCUUCGGUGGCUGAUGGCUACACAACAGUUUGAGGCAUCCAAGGAACUGAUCCUUCAGUUCAUGCACAAGAACAGGAUGAACACGGAAAGCGACAUCAAAGGAGUGGUGCCCGGGCAUAGCAUGGACGAAUCAGUGCAUAGGAUGGACGAUGCUGUGGGAAUGAAGCUGUUGUCUGUUCCUCAUUUGUUGCAGAAUUUGGAAGAGCUGGAAAAGGAGAUCACCAGGAGACCGAAGAAAGUCUGCAUUGUUAAAGUGGUGGGAACAAGGAACCUGUGGAAAAACAUUGUUGUAUUGUGUGUGAACUCGCUGACUGGUUACGGCAUACACCACUGCUUUGCAAAAAGCAUGAUGGGGCACGAAGCGAAGAUGGCGAUUACCCACAACUUCUAUGCGGACUACUACACCAUGGCUGGGAUUGCACUAGCAUCCUGCCUGGCCAUGUGCCCGGUGGUUGGGUUUCUGGGGAGGAGAGGAGGACUCCUGCUUUUCAUGAUCCUUACAGCCCUGGCAUCGCUUCUGCAGCUGGGCCUUCUCAACUUGAUUGGAAAAUACAGUCAACUUCCAGACUCAGGUAUGAGUGACAGCGUCAAAGACAAAUUCUCUACUGCGUUUUCCAUUGUGGGUAUGUUUUCUUCGCAUGCCGUUGGAAGCCUCAGCGUGUUCUUCUGUGCUGAAAUCACACCCACAGUAAUCAGGGGAGGCGGGCUGGGGCUGGUCCUGGCCAGCGCGGGCUUCGGACGCCUGACAGCCCCCAUCAUGGAGCUCCACAACCAGAAAGGCUACUUCCUCCACCACGUCAUCUUCGCCUGCUGUACGCUCAUCUGCAUCAUCUGCAUCCUGCUGCUGCCGGAGAGCAAGAACCAGAACCUGCCCGAGAACAUCCCGGACGGGGAACAUUACACCCGGCAGCCCCUCCUGCCGCACAAGAAGGGGGAGCAGCCCCUGCUCCUGACAAACUCUGAACUCAAGGAUUACUCCGGCCUCCAUGACUCAACAGCUGUGAGUGACGGGAUCUCAGAGAACACCACUGCCAACGGGAUGAAGUCAAUGUAACCGGGUGGAUUUUUUUUUUCCUUCUUUUUUUUUGGUUGGGUGGUUUUUUUUCCUUCUCCUCUUUCUUUUGUAUUUUAUUUGCUGCUGUUGUGCAGGAGGAGCAGCACUUAGGGCAAAGGUGUUUUGCACAGAUUUUAAAAACAGGUGAUGGAGCAGACACAGACUUGAGGGAAUUCAACUCUGCUGCUAAAGCAAUUUUUGGCAUCUUCAACUGUUGUGCAGAUUGCUCUUGAAAAAGUUAUGGGGGAAAAGACUCAUCUGAGAAGAGAUGUGGCUGGAGGUAGCCCUUCAGAACUC